AAGGCAACUUUUUAAUUGCUUAAUCUUUAUCAAAAUUAUUAGUAAACAUUUUAAUAACCAAAUUGUAGUUUUACAUUUGUAAUUUUAAAUUUGCCGGAAUUUCGCAAGGGUGUCAUCUAUAUUAAACUGUAAGAAUUAUUGGAUAAAAAUCAUUUAAUGUGCCUAAUUAAACGUGCACAUAUAAAAUGCAUGAGAAAAACGUAAAUCACAGAAAAGCGCAAAAUGCACGGAGUCAAAAGAGUCAUUGUCUUCUGCUUAAUGACGGUUAUCAUGCCUACAAUUCUUAUCACAACACCGCUCUACUUGAGACACAGUGUCUUUGCUGAUGUGAUUUAUAAGGUGGCAGAAUCUGAUGUUCUACCAAUUGAGGAUGGGAUUUCUUCGGUGUUUUGUCAGAGUCAUUCUCUUAAAAUGAAUUCAUCAUUUAAUGCUUUCCAAAUAAAAGGAGUGCCGCAAUUAAGCAAGAAAAGAAAGCACAUUAGAUUGAAGAAAUCAAUGACUUUGCCCGAUGAUACCUUGGAAUAUUGGGGGUUUUACUUAUUGUCUGGUGCAUUGGUGAAACUAAAAGUGUGUUCCAGAUAUAGCGGAUCACGACUACUGGUAGUGAAGGGGGAUAAAAAUCUCAGAACUUGUGGAUUAUUAGAACAUAACUUGAAAAAAACUGGGGCAAAGUAUGAUGCUGAUUUCAGAAGAGUUAAAGUUACAUUUGAGAAUGCAGCUGAGGUCAUAGGACUUGUUGAUGAUAAUUCAACUGACAGAAAUACUGCAGCUGAAGAUUUAACCAUUGAAAAGACUGAUUAUAUCAAAAGAAGAGUGGAGAAAAGCAGAAAACGUCUACUUGUACAAAAUACCACGACAAAAAAUCAAAAUUCACACAAUAAACGACAUGUCCAUAAAAAAUUGGAACACAAUAAACAAAUAAAGAAUUUACAGUCAAUACUUGAGACAGACAGUGAUAUAAUACCUGAAAGGAAGAUCAAAAAACGAGCAAUUGGCCCUUUUGAUGCACAUAUUGCUCAUGGAGGCAAUGCUUUUAACAUAACUAAUGUGGAAGAUGAAGAAAACAGUGUUUCAAGUUUUGAAACUGAUUUGUGGGCUUGUUAUACUGGACAAAUACUUUUGGCAGAAGGUUUUCCACACAGUAAUCAAUGUGAUGGUGUUGAUUAUUUACAAAAGGGACAUCACAUGAUCACAACUCAUGAAGUUGCAUCAGAUGGUUACUACUAUUACAUCUUUUAUUCUGAUAAUGAUCUGACUUCUAAUAGCAUACAUGCUAUUUUUGACAUAUACAAGCCAACAUACCAAUAUGCAAAUUCGUCUUCCAAAGAAUGUGUAAAUCAAACAGAAUGCAAAUUUGACUUGAGUUUUAUGUCAGAUGAAAAAAUAAUUGUUGAAGUUACCACAAGAGAUGGAAUAGAACAUGAGACUGAUGAUAUAACAUUGUUGACAAGUACUUGUCAUCCUAGGAUGGCUGUAUACAUGUUGUUUCCAAUAUCAGUUUUGUUUUUGAUAUUGGGUUGUGCCUUUUUGUAAUAUUAUGAUGUGAUAUUAAUGGGUUUGUUGGGUUGUCCAAUAAAUGCUGUAUAGAACAAUUUAUUUAAGACUGGCUGUUUUGUUUUUUAUCAGUAUACAGGGUGAAUUAUACUAGAAUUUAGUAAAUUAAGUUUUUAAAUAAUGAAAAAUUUUGUAUUGCAAAUUGUUUUGUUUUUUUUUUUUUUAAUUUACAUCCUGUAUAUUUAGACAGUGUAUAAAUGGAUAUUUAUUUAUGUAUAUUACAUAGUUGUUAUGUAUUUUAUGUCAAGAUUGUUGUUAAUGUGUAAUUUUUUAUAAUACGAUUGUACUUAUUGUAUUAAUUUAAAGAAAUUUGUGCAAUACCUAUAAAUAAUUUUUCGACUUAUUAUUUUAAAUAAUAACGUUUGUACUAAUAUUUUUUGUAGAAUAGAGAUAAAAAGAUAUUUUUAUAUAUCACAUACGUUAUAUGUAACUAAAUAAGUUGUUUUAUUUAUAUAUAUGUAUUUUUUUUUGUUGCGUUAUAAAAUAAAACAUUUUAUUAUA